AUGUGGGGAUUAAGCAAUCAAUUCUCGAAUACUUUUUUCCCCUUAAAAUUCCACUACUCGACAAUGGAUGCUCCACCACCAUCACCUGAAUCAAUAAAUUCCACAGACUGCUUGACACUAAAUGAUCUUAGGUUCAUUUUCUGUGGUUGCGAAGGGAAGCUGAUGGAGCCCCAGGAAGAAAUGCAUAAAAGGAAACAAGGUUUCGGAUGUGACUUCUUCAUUUGCAGGACUGAGUUCAAUUGUCUACAACAUAAAGUGCAUAGUUUCCGAAGGAAGUUCCAAGCCAUGGAAUUUUUCUUGGGUGUGGUGGCCAUUGCUAUUAUGUCGAUCGUUGUGGUCAUGAACAAGUGA